CAAACCUUGAAUAAUUAAUCAUAACGAAUAUUAUAAGACAAUCAUGAUUUUUCAGUUACGUAUGUCGGUUAUAAAGCUUGGAACAAAACUGUGCGUUACACAAUCCUAAAUAUAAACAUGAACACAAAUAUGAAAAAUAAAUAAGAGGAUCUUCAGAGCAGGAAACAUAACCACGAAGGAGUUCUUACAAUGAGAACAGCAAAAGUAACUCGAUUAGUUUGACAAUAGAUAAGGUACACUAUCAUCGCGAACCGCGAGACGACGAGACGAGGUCGCCUAAGUGAUUAGAUAAACGACGUUUUUGUACAAAAGUCAUAUAUAGAAUAUAAAUAAUUGAUUUCUUUCAAUCCAAUUCUUUUUGUAAGCGACUUAUUGUAACUGAGCACAAUGAGCCUGAAAUUGUAUUAUGAUUUGUUGUCGCAACCGUCCAGAGCUCUUUACAUAUUUUUAAAAGUAUGUAAUAUUCCAUUUGAGGGGAAAUUGGUAAAUCUGGGCAAAGGUGAACAUCUUACAUCAGAAUACAAAAAAGUUAAUCCGUUCCAAAAAGUACCAGCUAUUGAGCAUAAUGGUUUGAAUAUGUUUGAAAGUGUCGCUAUUUUAAGAUAUCUCAGUAGAGAAUUUAAAUUAUCUGAUCAUUGGUAUCCUAAAGAAUCUAAAUCCCAAUUAAAAGUUGAUCAAUAUCUCGAAUGGCAACAUCUUAAUACUAGAUUUAAUUGUGGUUCCUAUUUUCGUAUACAGUACCUAAUACCACUUUUAACUGGACAACCAGCUAGUGAGGAAACAUUAUCAAAGUACAAAAGACAUAUGAUUGAAUCGCUCGAUGAUUUAGAAAACGUUUGGUUAAAAGAAAAUGACUUCUUGACCAGUUCUGAAAUUAGUAUUGCUGAUAUUCUUGGCUCGUGUGAGGUGGAACAAGUUCGUAUUACAGGAUAUAAUCCACAGGAAGGCAGGCCUCGUUUGGCGGCUUGGAUGAAAAGAGUUGCAGAUGAAACAAACCCUCACUAUCAAGAAGCGCAUGCAUUUUUAAACAAGCUUGCGAACAAAGCGAGCCAGAAUGCUCUGAAGAGUAAAAUUUAAUUAUUUCUACAGGUGUUUGAUUAUUUCUCAAAGAUAUUUCUAUGGGUGAUUGUACGAGUAAGACUGUAUCAGUGAGACCGUAAUAAUUAGUCGAAAUUGUUACAAUGUUAUCCUUUAUGAUUUUACAAAGAUUACGUACGUUAUUUUCUAUUAUAAGUUUAAGGGUAAUUAAUUAUUAUAUCUAUAAAUGAAAUAUGCAUGAACAUGAAAUUUCAAGUAAAAGCUUUAUGGCGAAAGUUAUGUAAAGUUGUACAUAAGUAUAACAUAUGUUAUUAUUGAAUUUUUAUAUUGUAUUUUUCUAACUAAUUGUAACGCAUAGUGCUAUUUUCUGCGACUGUUGAACGGUAUUUUAUAUAAAUGCAUUUUACUCGGAUUUGUGUGUACCUAAAUAAAAACCUGUUAAAUGCAAUAAAUCAAGGUUUAAUAACACAA